AUGGUCGAGAAUACCAAGUUUAUUCUGUACGGCCAAGGAGAAAUCGGACAAGUGUACAUGGUGGAGAAGGGGGACUCGUCUCGUGAGAUCCCUCGAGGCUCGUUCUUUGGCACUGCAGUGCUCACACAACUGGAGCGAGGAGAAGGCUAUACGGAGCAUGUGAGUGCCAACAGUGGCUGCAUUUUACUAUUGGUGUCUCGAGACCAACUUCAGGCGAUGGAGCUAAUUUUUCCGACUCUCAAGGAGGAAUUCCUCGCACUGGAACAACGACUGCAAGGCAAUAAACUGGCGACUACGCAAUCUGUCGUCUCUGUACACGACCCAGAUUCUCCGUUUGUACUGGCGUGGGAGACGUGGGUGUUCGCCGUGAUGACACUUCAGUGGGCUCUGGUGAUGCUGCAAGCGUGUUAUCCCAUGGAAAGUAAGCACAAGGUCGCAGACGCGUUGAUGAUUUUUCUGGAGCUUUCGUUUAGAAAAUAUCUACGAUCCGGAACAUUGAUGUUGGAUAUUCUCGCGCUGAUCCCGUUUUUUAUCGUCAACCUGGCUGUACCUUCAGAUAAACGAUGGGAUCUUCUCAACGUCAACAAGCUCCUGCGCUUGUUCAAAGUCCCGAAACAAUUCCGCGCUCUGGAAACGAAAUAUCUGAAACACACGACCGAAUUGCGACUAUUUAAGCUGCUGUACUACACAUUCAUGCUGUCGCACUUUUUGGGCUGUAUCUGGUUUAAUUUCGCAUCCAGAGCGGCUGUUUCGAGCUUUGCCAGCGUCGAAGCGAGGACACCAGCGUUCGGAGCCAACCACUGGCUCCCCUCGGAGCAGCUGGAGCACGGCUCGCAUGUCCUGCAGUACAUGGCGUCGCUGUACUGGUCGUUCGGGCUCAUGUCGGCGUCCAGCGAGCCAGAGUUCCCGAAAUCCACGGCCCACUCCGAGACCAGAGAGUUUAGCGCCAAGAUGCGGUCCGUACAGAAAAUGUUGGACCAUUUCCAGAUGCCCGAGGAGCUGCAGCAGCGCGUCAAAACGUUUUUACUGUUUAAACGCUACCACUCCAUCACGCAGGAAGGGCUUUUAGUGCGCUGUCUGCCGCCGUCUCUGCUCACGGAUAUUCGCCUGGUGCACCUGAGGCCGAUGAUCGAGAAGGUGGAGUUUCUACGAGGCAUGGAAGGGUCCAUCACGCGGAUGUUGAAUCUGGCAGCGACAUGUUCUUUAUCUUCGCUGGAUGAACGAAAUAUCUUCGGAGAGAACGGAUUAUUCACCAAUGGCAAACGGAACGCGUGUGUGCAGGCGCAAACCUGCUGUAUCUUGUACAGAUUAUCUCGAGAAUCAAUGGAGCUCGUGUUCGCCAGAUACCCGAAAUGGAAGCAGAAACAACGACGCGGCAUGGCUACAAUUACUGGGAUGAUGCUGUCCCGGGCAGAUAUUAUGAAUGAACGAGCAGAGCAGCUGAAGGAGAAGCUGGAUCACGCACGCUUGAAGCGCAGUGACAGCGAACAGCUCAGUCUUAUCAGCAUAACGCUGACAGGUUUUGUGAAACGAUAUAUCCAGAAUCCAUUCAUGGAUAUUAUAAAUGGGAUUAUCCAUGGCGUUCCCGUUCAGACGAAAUUUCACAUCGCGUGGCUACGCUUAAUGGUAUUCUGCACCAUUGGCUUUUAUUUUGGAUAUUUGGUCAGCUGGCACAUCCAGGAAUCUCCGACGUCUCUGGAGCUGUACGAACAAAAUCUACGCAGCGUGUACAAGAAGCAGCGGAUGUUCUGUGAUGUCAUUGCUGCGAUCCCCUUCUGCGGCGUCUUGUUCAUAAAUCGUCGUAGUGUGGCCAACGAGCUGACCCACUUCUUGCACGUCUGGAUGAUGUAUCUGCUGGUUAUCCACUGGGUCGCCUGCAGUUAUCUCGCUGUGGCGACAGAGGAAUUAGAAAUAUCCGAUCCGGAAAAUCCAUCCUCGUCCCAAUUAUCGAAACGUUUCUUACGUGGAUUAUUCUUCGCUACCACAGCCUUCGUAAAGAACGCUCGCAACAUGAACCCGGAGACUGCAGUGCUAUACACUUAUCAAAUCACACGUAGGCCUCAUCACCAUGUCGUUCCUCUAUCUGGCGUGUCAGUGAGCGUCUAA